CGUUUUAUACAGAAGCGACGUCGAUGCUCACGCAAUUGUCAACUACACAGAAUUUAUUUCUCUGUUUGAUUUGCUAGCAGUUGUUAGUCGCGGCUUGGAAAACUAAGAGCAAGGACGACGUGCGGAUCAUGGCGGCGAGCCCCCGCGUCGGCGGCGGCGGCGAGGAGGCCUACGAGGACCUGCUGCCGGUGAUGGCGGGGCGGCUGGGCGCGGCAGGGCUGCUGUCGGAGCUCCGGGCGGGGUUCCGGCUACUGGCGGACCCGGUGCGGGGCGCCAUCACGGCCGAGAGCCUGCGGCGGGGCGCGGAGGCCGCGCUGGGCGUGCGCGGCAUGACGCCCGAGGAGGCCGCGGCGAUGGUGCGGGAGGGCGACCACGACGGCGACGGCGCGCUCAGCGAGGCCGAGUUCUGCGUCCUCAUGGUGCGGCUCAGCCCCGGCAUCAUGGCCGACGCCGAGGCGUGGCUCGAGGAGGCCAUCGCCGACGAGCUGCAGGCGGCAGCCCGCUCGCAGCAGCCGCCGCCUGCCUAGGCGCUCGCUGCCGCAGGUCGUUCUCGAUCAUCACCUUGCCGCCGAUUCUAAUACAUUAGCCCUGCAUAUAUACCUACUGCUAGUACGUGAUCUAUAUAUACACCAUCGCAUGCAGGUGUAUUAUUAGCCUGCUGUGCCGUGAUUGUGAACUGUUUGUGUUCACCGUGACGCAUGGUCGUACGUGAUGAACACUCAUGCUCGACGUACGUAUAGUACUCACUCGAUCAUGCUGUGCCUGCAUGUAACCCGCCUAGCUGUUGGUGCAUGCCAAUAAGUCACAUGCACGGGACUAUGUGAAUUUGGUUUCACAUUUUGGUGCUCAGGCCUCCAAUGAUUUCCCUCGCUCGUUUGA